AUCCCCGGCCAGACCCGGGCCCGUCUCGGCGCUUUCCUACAGCACCGGGACGGCCCCAACGGCCGCCUCCCGCCGGCGACGUCCUCCCCGGGGCUGCGCUCUGCGCGCUGUCUGCAGGCACGGGCAGGGGGACGUACACACACAGGCGUGUGCCGCAAAACCGCGCUCAAAACCACCCAACCGACGGACUUUACAGGACGAUGGCUUCUAUCGCCGAGCGGACGUUCAUCGCCAUCAAGCCUGACGGGGUCCAGCGGGGACUGGUGGGAGAAAUCAUCAAGCGGUUUGAACAGAAGGGAUUCAAACUGGUGGCCAUGAAAUUAAUACAUGCCUCUGAAGACCUCCUGAGAGAACACUACAUUGACCUAAAAGACCGGCCGUUCUAUGACGGUCUGGUGCAGUAUAUGCACUCUGGCCCUGUUGUAGCUAUGGUGUGGGAAGGUCUUAACGUGGUUAAGACUGGAAGAGUGAUGCUGGGGGAGACUAAUCCAUUUGAUUCAAAGCCUGGCACUAUUCGUGGUGACCUCUGCGUUCAAGUUGGAAGGAACAUCAUUCACGGAAGUGAUUCUGUAGAAAGUGCUGAGACAGAGAUCAAUUUAUGGUUCACUCCUGAAGAACUGGUUGAUUACAGAAGCUGUGCUCAUGAAUGGAUCUAUGACUAAAACUGAGCCUAUACCUCCUGAUAUCCUUACUGUCUGUAAAGAGCUGCCAGCCUCUAGCUGUUUCACAGCCCUGCACAUAAACCGGUAGGAACCUGUCUCAGAAAUCCGUGAGAUUGCUCUGUUGUGAAUGUUAAACGUAGUCAGUGUUUGCUGCUGCUCUGGUUAAAAAAAACUGUCAAGCUACAGACGGAAUUGUACUUUUAAAAAGCUGCUUCUGGGAGUGAGAGGUAUGAAAUUAAAAGGCAGAGCAUAUAACGCACAUACUUUCCUGAUACACUCUGUAGUCAAAGAGGGCAUUUUGGUAAAUAGAAAAAAAAAAAGGUAAAAAUUUAUUUGGUAGAUAAAUAUGCAAAUGAACCAGCAUCAAACAAUAAUUUUGUUAAAAUGUUAGGGAACAACUGGUGAUAUGUAGAUAUGCUGAAAGUGUGCCCAAAUGUUGAGGACUGAACUUGCUAUCAAGUGAAUCCCCAUGCCCAAAACAGCUGCAGAAGGAGCAGAUUGAUUUCUCCCUCCAGAACACACCCUGCCUGCACACACAGCAUAGCUUUGAUUAAAAACAGAACUUUUUGCUAGAUUGACACUGUUUCUGCUCGCUUCCCCCCUCCCCCCCCCCCCCAGAUUUGUUUAGUAUUUUAAGGAAGGAUUAAUAGGCCAGGCUUUCUGAAAUGCCCUUUUAUGUGAAAAGAAGAUUAAUGUGAGGAUGGAUGAGGGAGAUCUACCUUCAGCCACUUUGCAGCAGCACAGGGCAGCAACAGUGAUGUUUGCUUUAUUGACAGAACAGCUGAUAAUUUAGCGACGUUCUCAUUUGUGUGGUCUUUCCCUUAAUAGCUGAAACUACAAAGCAAGCUGUUCUUGGGGGAGGUAUUUCAGAAAUGACUGUAGCAAUAUUUAUUUAUUUAAUCAUGCAAAGGAAUACAGCCAUAAUAAUAGUAAAUGUAUUUCAGUAGAGGUGUCUGCUGUCAGAGAAAAGGAUCAGCCUCUGGCAGAAAUUUUAACAAACACUAGCUGGACUGGACGAGGCGGGAGAAAUGCCUUGGGGUCCACAUUAUGUAUUUAUUUACCUGCAACAUUGUAUUCAUUAAAAGCAAGAGUUUCAUGAAAGUGGUCUGUUCAAACGCUCGAUUUUUUCCCUGUGGUGAAUUCUAGUUUCAAAUACUAAACCGUGCAAUGAAUGUUGAAUUCAAUGCUCAUGAUACUUUAUAAAGGUAUCUACCUCCUAAAAAGAGGUUGUACAAAAUAAAACAUUUGCUGUAUCUUAAGUGAAAUAAAAGGAAAUUUUCAUUA